CUCUCUCUCUUUGCCUGCUAUUUUUAAACCGCCCUCUUAUGUUGAAAGUGGCUCUUGGUGCAUUACAAUACCUUCAUCUUAUUACAAAAUACAAGUAAGUGAAUGUGCAAAGGUCUAUAUACACACUUUAGAUGAACGUUAACUCAUAAGCUAACUUUCAUACUGUCACAGUUAUGGGUGACGAUGUAAUGCAUACCGGAUUCUGAAACAUAAGAGUUCUAUAAAUGAGAAGGACUAACUUCUAUCAAGAUCAAGAGUAAUCAUACCACAACAUUCGGUUUGUGUUCCAGCCGAGUAGACCAAAAAAGACAACUCAGAAAGACACUUACUCUCAUGCACUUCAAAUAAUAGCAAGUCUUUCUCUUCUUUCUAUAUCCCCAGCUGUGUUGGUGACCUACGAGCUGGUGCCCAGGUUCGGAGAACGUCGGGUGGUGGUCAUAGCUGGCUCAAUAUUCGCAUCCUGUUCUCUGCUGUUCUUUAUGGUACCAAACAUAGAGAGUUACAUUGCUGUGUCAGCCUUACAAGGCAUGUCUGCUGGCAUGAUAUUUGUACCUGCCAUUAGCAUCGUAAGCUUCUACUUUGACAAAUGGCGAUCUGUUGCAACAACAAUAACUAACUGUGGUAUAAGCGUGGCCUCUAUUGCUUUUCCCCCUUUGGUCCGUGGCAUGGCGGAACAGUAUGGAAUUCGAGGAACGUUUCUUAUCGCAUCAGGUCUUCAGUUUCAUAUGAUGGUGGCUGGCUUACUUCUUCGGCCUGUGUCAUCUUACAAACCACGAAAGAAACCAGAUCCAACGCCUAUAAUUGAAGAAGAUGAAACUACAGAAAUGUUUUUGCCUCCUUCAUCAACCGAUGACAAAAGUGUAUCUCAUCAAAAUGAUUCACAAGAAAACCACAAUAAAACUGGCAGAAAUGGUGUUAUGACUUCACACAGGGGUGAGGACACCCCCUUGCCAGCUGUACUUGAAAAAGACAUCACUGGAAAUAUCAAUGGCAAAGAUGGCAUCUCAGCGUUCUCAUAUCAGGAGAAAAGUAUGCAUUUAAUAAAUGGUUCAGAAAAAGAGACUGAAAUUCUCAGCAAUAGUCCAAAGCUCUUGUCAUUUUCUCGUCUAGACAAAGCAAACUCAACAGAAGAUGUGAAUUCUGUACGGGAGAGGGUGUCAUCUUUUUCACAGAAAAGGCCAAUAUCUCCUCUGUUAAUUCGCCAAGACUCAGCCCCAGCAUACAUGAUCACCAAGCCGAGGUCAAACAGUUCGGCCAAGGGCAGUCUCACGGGGAGCAUGCAGUUAGGGGGAAUCCCCUAUGGAAGUGUUUGGAGUGUCACCAGCGGAAUAGAGGCUGUGGGUGUGGCUGCUGGUGUGCCUGAGGAGACAGAAGCAGAGGAGGAGGAAGAACCUGGGGGAUGGAGGGCUUGGUGCUUUUGCCGAAUUGUUAGAAACAUAUUUGACCCAGCACUUUUCAGGCUGUGGUCAGUACGUGUUUUCCUUCUCUCCGCAAUCCUGGGUGCCACCAACCAGUACUUGCUGACCUAUAUCCCAACGAUCGCGGUCAUACAGGGAGCCUCAAAGAACGAGGGUGCUCUCCUUCUUGUCAUCGCUGGUUCUGUGGACUUAGCAAGCCGCUUUGUUGUUGGAUUCAUUGCGGACUUACGCUGGCUGAGGGCUUCUCGAAUUGUUGCCAUUGGCCAGAUUUGUCUUGGCCUCUGCUGUCACAUUGGACGUCUGUGCAGGUCUUUUGAUACUCUCCUGGGCUGGACUGUGUUCUUAGGGAUGUUUAUCGGCAUCCGAAUGUCCUUGAUGCCACUGGUUCUGAUUGAGAUGGUUGGAAUCAGUCAAAUGGCCAAGGCUUUUAGUCUAGUUGCAUUUGUCGGCACCAUCUCUGCGGCCACUCACAGUCCGCUAUUGAGUGCCUUGAUGGAGGCCACUGGGAACUUUAACAUGGUCCUUCACUACUGUGGAGUAGCUCUUAUGGUGACAGGAUUUGUUUUUGCCUUCAUACCUAAUCUGGUCGCCCUUGACAACCGACGGGAACAGAAGAGACAACAACAAACUGAACAACUGACAAGCAAUGCAUGAUUGAAUUGUUAUGAGGUCAUUGAGAA